GCUGCGGGCGAUGUUAACGGGCGGCUUUGCGGGCCCGUGGCUGGUUGCAGGAUGUCCACCGUGGCGCUGCUGAUCCUCGUCGCCUCGCGGCGCCUCCUGCUGCUGCUGCCCCUGCUGCUGCCCCUGCUGCUGCUGCCGCCGCCGCUCGGCGCCGCCCUCGAGCUUCGCGGCUUCGUGGGCUGCGCGGUGCGCGAGUUCAGCUUCGUGGCCAGGAAGCCUGGGUGCAGGGGGGUGCGCAUCAGCACGGACGCGUGCUGGGGCCGCUGUGAGACCUGGGAGAAGCCCACUCUGGAGGCGCCCUUCGUGGAGGCUCACCACCGCGUGUGCACCUACAACGAGACGCGGCCGCGCACCGUCCGCCUGCCGCUGUGCCGCGCCCACGUGGACCCGCACUUCACCUUCCCCGUGGCCGUCAGCUGCGACUGCCAGGCGUGCUCCACGGCACACACCGCCUGCGAGACCUUCUGAAGCCCCCCAGCCGUAGCACGGAGACCCCCCACCCCCAC